AUGGCGAACCCUCAAAGGAGCAAGUGUUUGAGGGAUCAACAGAUCGACGAAAUUGUCACGAUGCUUAACCUCAAUACCAAGCCCGACCCCUUAAUCCAAACAACCUUAGAUGGUCUCGUGGUGCCUGCCGUGAAUCCCGAUCCAGUCUGGAAGGUGCUAAUAUUCGACGAAUUUGGCAGAGACAUCAUUUCCUCUGUCCUCAAAGUUGCUGAUCUACGGGAGAACGGCGUGACCGUACAUAUGUUGUUAAAGAGUGAGAGACAGCCCAUUUCAGACGUCCCGGCAAUUUAUUUUGUGGAACCGACAUCCGAAAACAUUCAGAGAAUUAGCGAGGAUCUGGCCAAAAACCUUUAUGAAUCAUAUUACAUUAAUUUCUUGACAUCCAUCCCAAGACCUUUGCUAGAGGAACUUGCCGCCUCCACCAUACCGAAUAACACUUCAAACAUGAUUGCACAAGUCUAUGAUCAAUAUUUGAACUUUAUUGUUUCCGAGCCGAACCUAUUUUCACUGAAUCAACCAAAUAUGUAUUGCUCCUUGAAUGACCCUACCGCCGCAGAAACUGCCAUUGAACAAGCCAUCGAUAAAACUGUCGGUUCCUUGUUUUCAGUGUUGGUAACGAUGGGCGUAAUACCGAUUAUUCGAUGCCCCAGAAGAAAUGCGGCCGAGAUGAUUGCGCAAAAACUGGAUAGCCGUUUACGCGAUCAUGCAUUGAAUUCUCGGAACAACCUUUUCUCUGACGCCUCCGCGUCUUUAAAUUUUCAGAGGCCAGUCCUAUUGAUUCUGGAUAGAAAUGUUGAUCUAAUACCGAUGCUGGGUCAUUCCUGGACUUAUCAAGCUUUGAUACAUGAUGUUUUGGAUAUGCACUUGAAUAGGAUUUCAAUCGAAGCUGAAGAGAUGGGACGCAAGGUCAAGAAGAGUUAUGAUCUGGAUAGUAAAGAUCUUUUUUGGGCCAAAAAUGCCGCAAGUCCAUUUCCACAGGUAGCCGAAGAUAUCGAUGUGGAACUCAAUCGGUACAAGUUGGAUGCCGCUGAAAUCACGAAACUUAGUGGUGUCAAUUCACUUGACGAUGUCAACCAAUCAGACUUUUCUCAAAACACCCAACACUUGAAAUCUGCUAUCACCGCAUUACCGGAACUCACGGCACGUAAACAAACGCUUGACAUGCACAUGAAUAUAGCCACAUCCCUACUGCAAGGGAUUAAGGAACGUCAGUUGGAUACUUUUUUUCAGAUGGAAGAAUCUAUAACCCGACAAGGUCGAUCAACUGUUUUGGAUGCGAUCAGAGACCCAGAGAAAAAGUCCCCCGAAGACAAACUCCGCUUUUUCAUUAUCUAUUAUCUUUCGGUUGACGAAGUCACAAAGGAGGACAUGGCGGAAUACGAGGAUGCUUUACGCUCUGCUGGAUGUGAUCUGUCUGCGUUGAAUUACGUAAAAAAAGUGCGUGAAAUCACCAGAAUGACCAUGAUGUCUACGCCCGUAUCUCAGAGUUCUGGAUUCGGUCAGUCCAGUCAACUCUUCCAAGGUGGCACGAGUGAGACUGACGAUUAUCUUUACUUCGAUCCAAAGAUGGCUCGAAAUUCAAAUGUCAAUAAACAAUCUAGAAAUAGGAUCAGUUUUCAGGAAGGAAUUGUGUUUAUGGUUGGUGGCGGAAAUUACAUUGAAUAUCAAAAUUUGCAAGAAUUUGCGCAGCGUCAACCGGAAAAAAAGAAAAUUACCUAUGGAUCUACCCAAAUACUGAAUCCUCAUGCUUUUCUGCAAGAACUG